GAAAACUUUGGCUGCUGUGACCAGGAGAGAGACAACAGCAUUGCAGCAAAAUACUGGGACAUCAUGGAUUACAUGGAUCCCCAGGGGAAUAAACUAUGUAGAACAUGCAUCAAAGAUAUCCUGUGUCAGGUGAACUGUAUUUUAUGUCUACUUCUUAUCCCAGUGCCUAUGCACCACAUGGAUCGCUCUACAAGCUCACUGAUCCUGCCAGGAGAGCUCCACCAGGGAAGUGUAAACACAAGCCUGUUCCAGUGCAAACAAAGAGCAAGCGGACACCAUUUGUUCCACGUGCAAAGACUGUCCUUGAGCUGCUAAAUGAACCUUCAACAACCAUGCCUCCAAAAAUAUCUUCUAUUCUCACUGCAGCCACACCAAGAGUUUCUUCUAAGAAAGCAAAAAAGACCCCAUCCAUCAAAGUAAAAGCAAAAACAGCUCCAUCUGGUAAAGAGAGACAGAGAGUCAAAGCUGAGGCUAAACCUCACAAGGGAAAGAAGAUUGGACUCAAUUCCAGAACUGUACCAGCACCACCUUUGCCAAAAAAGAAGAGCUCCCACCUAACCAGAACUGAGGAGUUUCUUCCGAAGAAACCAGCACUAGUUAAGGGAAAAGUGGAGAAGGAGGAAGCAGUUUUUGAAGCUCAGUGAUGUCCCAGAAAAAGCAAGUAGCCUAUAAAAUGGUGAAACAAGUGUUGAAUAGCAACCA